AUGUUGUUGUUUAAGGCCGUGGUGCUGCCGCCAUUAGCGAGGUGGCCGUACGAGAACGGAUUCACUUUCACUACGUGGUUCCGGCUCGACCCCAUCAACUCAGUCAACAUCGAACGAGAGAAACCCUAUUUAUAUUGCUUCAAAACGAGUAAAGGCGUAGGCUAUACAGCUCACUUCGUAGGCAAUUGUCUAGUGCUCACGUCAAUGAAAGUACGAGGCAAGGGUUUCCAGCAUUGUGUCAAAUACGAGUUCCAACCCAGGAGGUGGUACGCGAUAGCAGUAGUGUACAUAUACAACAGAUGGACGAAGAGUGAGAUCAAAUGUUUGGUCAAUGGCCAGCUCGCAUCGAGCACAGAGAUGGCGUGGUUCGUCUCCACCAAUGACCCAUUCGACAAGUGCUACAUCGGUGCGACGGCGGAGUUGGAUGAGGAGCGAGUGUUCUGCGGGCAGAUGGCUGCCAUUUACCUGUUCGGAGAGGCCCUCACCACUCACCAGAUCUGUGCCAUGCAUAGGCUUGGUCCAGGGUAUAAGAGUCAGUUCAGAUUCGACAACGAAUGCAACAUCAGUUUACCGGAGAAUCAUAAAAGGGUGAGCGAGAUGACCGCUCCCAAGCUUGAAAACGCUGAUGCCCCUAAUCCCGAUCCCGAAACUCCUCCCCAACCUGUUGAGGUCCAGCCGCCUGAUGUAGCUUCUGCUGAGGAAGAUGUUGAGCCUACAGAAACAGAAGAAGCAUGCGUAGUAGUCAAGGAAGACGCGACACCUAGGGGACGGCGUAUGGCCGACGAAGCGCGCGAAGUGGCCGCUGCGCAUGCGUCCAUGCUCGUAGAUAUUGAAGCAUGCAAGCGUGGUCAGUUUCGCUUCGACGCCGAGUGUCGCACCCCGCUGCCGGACGGUGAGAUCAGAACGGACCGUUAUGGUGACCUCAUACACGAUCCAACGCAGAACAUUCAUGAUGUGUUGUACGAUGGAAAGCUAUCGUCAGCCAUAGUGUUCAUGUACAAUCCGGUGGCGACGGACGGUCAGCUCUGUUUGCAGUCUGCGCCCAAAGGCAACGUCUCAUACUUCGUGCACACACCACACGCGUUGAUGCUGCAGGAGGUAAAAGCGGUGGUGACACAUUCAAUACACAGCGCCUUGAACUCAAUCGGUGGAGUGCAGGUUCUGUUCCCGUUGUUCGCACAGUUGGAUCUUCAACACGAUGCACCUGCAACAGAUUCUAAAAGAGAUCCUAUGUUAUGCUCGAAGCUUUUGGGAUUCGUAUGUUCUCUCGUCGAAUCCUGCAGCACAGUCCAGCAGCAUAUGCUACAGUGCCGAGGAUUCCUGGUCAUCUCGCACAUGCUCCAACGAUGCAGUCGAGACCACCUGACUCCGGACACUCUAGCCUCUUUUCUUCAUCUCACGAAACACCUUGUAACGUGCUGUUCUCCUAAUUCCGAUCUCCUAUUAAAACAGCUUUUGGACCACAUACUGUUCAACCCUGCGUUGUGGAUCUACACUCCCGCCGCAGUACAGGCUCGGCUUUACUGCUAUCUUGCCACGGACUUUCUUGCCGACGCCCACAUUUACGGCAGUGUUAGACGAGUGAGCACGGUACUUCAGACCGUACAUACUCUCAAAUUUUACUACUGGGUUGUGAACCCUCGAGCUAAGAGUGGGAUUACGCCAAAAGGAUUAGACGGUCCUCGGCCAGCACACAAAGAUAUUCUAACGAUACGAGCGUACAUUCUUCUAUUCCUGAAGCAACUAAUAAUGAUCGGUAACGGUGUGAAAGAGGAUGAACUACAGUCGAUACUCAACUACCUUACCACUAUGCAUGAGGAUGAAAAUUUGCACGAUGUUCUACAAAUGUUAAUAUCUUUGAUGUCGGAACAUCCAAGCUCUAUGGUGCCAGCUUUCGACGCCAAGGGUGGAGUGAGGACAAUCUUCAAGCUGCUCGCUUCAGAAAGUCAACUAAUCAGGCUACAAGCUUUAAAACUACUCGGAUUUUUCUUGAGCAGAAGCACUCACAAACGCAAGUACGACGUGAUGUCCCCGCACAACCUGUACACGCUGCUGGCGACGCGGCUGGGCGCCAGCGGCGAGGGGCUGGCGCUGGCGGUCUACAACGCGCUCUACGAGCUGCUCACCGAGCACGUCGGCCAGCAGAUCCUCUACACCAGCCACCCCGAGCCGCAGCCACACUUCAGGCUCGAGAACCCUAUGAUAUUAAAGGUAGUGGCGACCCUCAUUAGACAAUCGAAGCAAACUGAACAGUUGCUGGAAGUGAAGAAAUUGUUCCUCUCCGACAUGACGCUGUUAUGUAGCAACAACCGGGAGAACAGACGGACAGUGUUGCAGAUGUCUGUGUGGCAGGAAUGGUUAAUAGCAAUGGCAUACAUCCAUCCCAAGAACGCUGAGGAACAGAAGAUUUCCGAUAUGGUGUACUCAUUGUUCAGAAUGUUGUUACACCACGCGAUUAAACACGAGUACGGCGGUUGGCGCGUGUGGGUCGACACGCUUGCCAUCGUGCACUCCAAGGUUUCAUAUGAAGAAUUCAAACUCCAAUUUGCUCAAAUGUACGAACAUUACGAACAGCGCCGCGCUGACAAUAUAACGGACCCUGCUGAGAGACAGCAACGUCCUAUCUCCACCAUAUCUGGUUGGGAACGCCAUGAACAACCUCCGCAAAGAAGGUUACAUCACGCGGCCCAAACUGAAAUAGGCACUGGGCUUUCUUUGAGAGAUGUUGAUAAUUGCCGCUGCGCUCCAAGAACAGAUGACAGUGAUGCUUGUAAACUUCACAGUCCAGCACCAGCAGAAACUCGUGAGGAUACUGAAGUCGAACAUGCCGUCGAUGAUGUUGAAUGCCCUGUAUCUCGAACUCCAGAAGAACCCAUUAAUACCCUACCGGAAACAGAAAUAACUAGCAGCAUAGUUGAUGAAAGUAGGUUAUUAUCAGAGCCAGAGUCGGGUGUCGGUACACUUGAACGAAGUGAUGAACCAAUGAGAAGGGGCAGCCUCGAUUAUAUUCCAGUAAGAGAUGUCGGAGAUAUAGUCGCGGCAGAAGAAAUUGAUGUUACAGAUCGGAGUGAAGGAAUUCCCUCAAGUAUUUCUGUGAGUGAAACAGCUAGUCCAGAAAGGGUCGCUGAGGCGAAUGCUGUCGAACGUGAGUCUGAACUUUCUGAUCCAUCGGAAUUGUAUCUAACUCCUAGCGAAGCAACGAGUCCACGACGAACACAAGAUAAGACUGAAAUUUUAAACGAAGACGAAAUUGGUGAUGAUGACCCUAAACACGUUGCUAUUAACAUUGUCAAUGAUGUUUUAAGUAUUGCAUUAGAAACCGUCAGAAUAAAGACUGACGAUGAUACUGAUUCUGGAGCAAUAUCAGGAGGGUUGCAUUCGGAAGGAAAUACGCCUAAUGGUCGUGAAGAUUUGGAACCAGAAAUAGAAGAGAUAGUAGAUGAAAAGCGAACUGCAGAAACGAUAGCCACUGAUCUAGUGAAUGAGUUAAUUGCAUCAGUUAUUUCAUCAAGUGAACAGAAUACUGAAAUUGUAACGGAUGAUAAGAGUCCGCAAAGGGUCAUACCUUCGGACCACCCCCACGAGGGUAACGUUCUACCAUUAGAUGGUGAAUUUUUAGUCAAUUCCAGAACCGAAGAGGCUGAGAAACUAGAUAUAGAAAAAACAGAUGAAGUUAAAGAGGAGACUGAGAAUAACGAAAGCCAAAGAGAUGAAAAAUCCGUUGAAGAAGCGGAGGAAGAUAAAGCCCCAGAAAACCCGCCUAUAUCAACGAUUAGUGAGAGCAUUCCAUUAGCUAAUAAGGACCAUGAUAGUGAAGAGGAAAGGAGUCAUGAAGAAAGAGAUAAAAGACGUGUGAGUCUGCCUGGUGAUAGUGAGAUGAAACAGGAUAGCAAUAGAGGAGAUGGUGUCGCCACGCAAGGGACGAACACUUCAGCGUCGCCUAAGAGGCCCAGAAGUGCUUCUACUAGUACACAAGUGGAUUCUAAUCAUUUUGAAACGAAGCGCCCAUCAAAAUGCUCCCGGCCGAUGUUCUCCCCGGGCCCUACGCGACCACCGUUCCGUAUCCCGGAGUUCCGCUGGUCCUAUAUUCACCAAAGGCUUCUGUCGGACGUCCUGUUCAGCUUAGAAACAGAUAUUCAAGUAUGGCGAAGUCACUCAACGAAAUCGGUGAUCGAUUUUGUGAACAGCAGCGAGAACGCAAUAUUCGUGGUAAACACCGUGCACCUGAUCAGCCAGCUCGCCGACAACCUGAUCAUUGCGUGCGGGGGACUGUUGCCACUGCUCGCCUCCGCUACUUCGCCAAAUAACGAGCUUGACGUGAUAGAGCCCACCCAAGGCAUGCCGGUGGAAGUGGCGGUGACGUUCCUGCAGCGGCUCGUCAGCAUGGCGGACGUGCUCAUAUUUGCCAGCGCGCUCAACUUCGCCGAGCUCGAGGCUGAGAAGAACAUGUCCAGUGGGGGGAUCCUCAGGCAGUGCUUGAGGCUGGUGUGCACGUGUGCCGUGCGCAAUUGUCUGGAGUGCAAGGAGCGCCAGCGCCUGGCCGCGGCGCGCGCCGCCACCCGCCCCAACAACGAACCCGAUCCUAAGAGUGUGGUGGCGAGUUUGGCAGACGCUUCUAGUCCGGUCAAGGAUCCUGAAAGGCUUCUACAGGAUAUGGAUGUCAACAGACUCAGAGCUGUUAUCUACAGAGACGUGGAGGAAACAAAACAAGCGCAAUUCUUGUCUCUGGCUAUCGUGUACUUCAUCUCGGUGCUGAUGGUGUCAAAAUACCGCGACAUCCUGGAGCCGCCGGCGCAUGCGCCGCCGGACUGCGCGCGGCGCCCGCACCACGCGCACGAUCACCACGAACACAAUGGAGAUGAUGUGGAAUACGCCAUGAUUGUCGUUGAUGAGAACAAUUCUACCAUUAAUGAUAUGGAUUCGCCGUCAAUGAAGGAGACGGAUGGCAACGAAGAGGGUGUUGCCAAAAUAGAGACGACCACUGACGAAUUGAAGCCAAAUUCUGGAGAGAAACCAAAGCCUAGUGAUAAGCCAGAACCUUCACCAGCCUCAGAGAAAGAAGAACCCUUAUUCAAGUCGAGUCUCCGAGUCAAAAUUCAGCCCAAACCAAAGAGCGUGGACUCGAUAGAGGACGCCGGUUCCUUCCACCUGAACUCCAACGAGACCACCAACAAUGACCCGGAGACAUCGAGUGAGAUCGCUCUAGAUGACAAUAAGCAUCCGGUUAGUAAUGAUGAGUCAUGGACCGAUGUGAACCUCAACGAAGAUGGUGAACGUGGACCUGCCACAAUCACGGGCAGAACGAGGGACCACGAAGGAAAUUUACAUGAGGAUAUUGAUAAACAAAUACAUAUGAGGAACUCGGAAGCACACCAUCACAUUCAACAGAGACAUCAGAACAGAAAUUUACAAGCGGCACAGAGACACCUACAUCCUGACAAUGAAACUCUAGCCGGUCUAAACGCAAUGAACACGUCAAUGUCAGCUGACGGCGUGUCUCGAGAAGCGUCUCUAACUCAUAAACUGGAGACAGCCCUGGGGCCGGUGUGUCCUCUGCUGCGCGAAAUAAUGCUGGACUUCGCCCCCUUCCUCUCGAAGACCCUCGUCGGUAGCCACGGACAGGAAUUGUUAAUGGAGGGUAAAGGUCUCCAAACCUUCAAAUCGAGUACAUCCGUAGUGGAGCUCGUCAUGUUGCUCUGUUCCCAAGAGUGGCAGAACUCCCUUCAGAAGCACGCGGGCCUUGCCUUCAUAGAGUUGAUCAACGAAGGACGCCUGCUCUCGCACGCCAUGAGGGACCACAUAGUGAGGGUGGCGAACGAAGCUGAGUUUAUAUUAAAUAGAAUGAGAGCUGAUGAUGUACUGAAGCAUGCAGAUUUUGAGGUACGUACCAUAUAA